AAAAUUUUACUUAAAUAAAGUGUGAAAAAGUAAAUACAACUUUAGUUUGCAAAUGAAUUUAUUUAAAAAAAAUAAAAUAAAAACAAAUAAAAUUUUUUUUCUAAAAUAAAUAAAACUUGAGUUAAACUCUCUAACUAAACUUAAGAAAAUUCUUUAUAUAUAAAAGAAUAUUACAAAACAAAAUUUGUACGCAGUUUAAAAAUUAACGUCGUUUUAAAAACAACUUACAAAAUUUAAAAAACUAAAUUAAAAAAAUAAAAAAAAACUUUGUGUUAAAAAUAUUGAAAACAUAAAUAUCCUUCAAAACGGCUACUUUAAACUUAUUAACACAAAACCGUUUUUGUAUUUAUCAAAAUAACAGAUUUUGUUAACGAUAAAUGGAGAAAAUUGAACAACAAUUUUAUAUGAGUUCUUCCUUCUUCCUCCAUGAGUAUCCUGAGAGUUUUAUGUGCCUGAUCAACAAGAUGCUGUUAAAAGUUGAGAAUACUCUAUUGCGUAGUCAUCGUCAGCGAGAGACCACCGGUAUUAAGAAACUCUACAAUUCGUUUUUUGUAUUGUUUUAAUUGGUUUGUGGUAAGAACAAAUUUACCUCCGUCUCUUUGUUGCCGGUCAAAAAAAAAAAAAAAAAAAUAAUAAUUUUGUAUUAAACUUUUUAAAUCAAAUAAUCAUAAAGAAAUAAUUAUAAAACUAAACAAAA